AUGGCGCCGACAUCUCACCUCCCCCUAUUCGGCGGUGUCCGAGCUUGGAACCCCAAGGACUGGACAUCCUCCGACGACCGCGUCCGCGGCGGCGCCUCCCACUCAACUCUAACUUGCUCUCCAUCCUCACUAAUCGCCAAAUUCCACGGCAACCUUGACAUCACCGCCCUCGGCGGCGCAGGUUUUGCUUCUCAGCGCACAACAGGCGAACACCGUACCUGGGAUUUGUCCGGCUAUGAUGGUCUCGAGCUGGUCAUCGACCACGCGGAUAACAAGCUCUACACUCUUACACUGAAAGAUGAGAUUUUACCCAAGCGUCCUGAUGGUCGUGAGCAAAGCACUCUGAGUUGGGAGUAUGAUUUCCGUUCUGAGGGGCAGAAGACGAUUUUUGUGAAGUGGAGUGAUUUCAGACCUACUUAUCGCGGCAAGGAGAAGAAGGGUGUUGAGCCGCUGGAUUUGAAGAAUGUGAAGAGGUUUGGGAUCAUGAUUAGGAGUUUCUUUGGUGAGCAAGAGGGUGACUUCGAGCUUGGUGUUCUCUCGAUUGCGGCUCUGCGGACAAAACGCUAUUCGGAUAACCCUGAUGAGGAAAAUGAAAAUGACGAGUUUGAUGAGAAAACUGGUGUUCAUGGGCAGAGGAGGCGCCAGGGCUUGUUUGGUUGGUUGACUGGAUGUCUUGGGCUUUAA